GUAUAGUCUGACCGGUCAGGUAAUUUACACCAUCAUUUUUGGCGCCGACCGUGGGACCGUUAAGGUUUCUUCUCUUCUAAACACAAACCUACCCACAAAAAUACCACUCAAAAUGUCUUCCGGCCAGCAAAUCAACGCUACCUCUGCUCAGGUGCAAGCCACCACUGAAGGUACCAGCGUCCCCAUGGUUGCUACCCUGCCGGCCGUUUCAACUCCGGUUUUGCCGUUGGGACUAAGCUCGGUCCCAACACCCAGCAUGGUAAGCCCAUUCACGGCCCCCGUCCCUUCCGCUGGACCGAGGGUCACUUUCCCACCAAGCAUGACUCAGUUCAUGAAUGACCCAGCCAACCUGCAGGCCAUCCAAGGCUUUGGCCAGGUCAUGGCUAUGUGCCAACAGAAUGGGGGGAUGCCUUUCCUCCCUGGUAUGUAUCCAUUCGCUCUUCCAGGCGCGGGAACCAUGCCCCUACAAGCUCCGAUGGCGGUAUCUCCUUUCCAAACGCCUGUGCCGCAACCAUCACCUUUCCAGCCGCAGCUAGUCAGCGCUGUGGCCCCCAUCAACUUUGCAGGUGCGCUUAACGCCGCGGGGCCGUCGCGUCCCCCGCAAGGUACGAAUCCACUAAUCACCCCCGAUGGUCACUGCGUCUCAGUGGAGAGCGGAGACGACGAGUGGGACAUUCCAAGGACCCACAAGAAGAAGAAGGGAAAAACCAUCCGACCCGCCACCUCCCGAAACUCCGCCUUCGAAAGGCUGGGGGAUAGGGAGGAGGGCCAGAGAAAAUCAGCCAAGCUAAGGCUGGGGCAAAGCGUUGCCCAUGUCAGCGCGUUUGCCCGGUUAGGCGAGAUGAGGGAGGCCGAGCCUGCCCGCACCNCUCAACGCCGCAGGGCCGUCGCGUCCCCCGCAAGCGUGUUUUCCCGGUUAGGCGAGAUGAGGGAGGCCGAGCCUGCCCGCACCCAACGCUCCCGGUCAAACUGGCAGGAGCCAGCCAGGACGAGGGCCUCUCGUCAGGAGGAAGAGGCAGAAAGCCAACCCAGGGUACCGGUGGCUAACCGGUUAACCACCCCCAAUGAUCGCGUCCAGCAGAUGGAGGCAAAGCUGGAGAGGCUGGAGAAGAAGGUUGGAGAGAAGAAUGACCGGGACAAACCCCUCGCAGGGUCCCCGUUCACUACAAGGGUCCAUCUGACACCUUUCCCACGAAAGGUCAAGAUAGACGCCCCAAGGUUUACCGACAAGGAGGAUCCAGAAAUACAUCUGGAUUCUUUCAACCAAAGUGCACCUAUGAAUGGUUGUACGGAUGAAGAAAAGUGCCUCCUUUUCUUCCAAACCCUGCGGAAUCGAGCUACUGAAUGGUUCAACAAACUUCGCCCGGGAAGUAUUGAUUCAUUCAGUGACUUGGCCUCAAAAUUUAAGGCCAAGUUCCAGGAAAACUGUACUAAGAGGAAGAAAUUCACCUAUCUUAGUACAGCCGGGCAGAGGGAAUAUGAGAACCUCACUCAGUUCCUUACCCGGUGGAAGGAAGAGGUAGACAAGGUUGAGGAGAUGGACGACAAGACGGUGUUGUCCCUCCUCCUGAACGGCUUACGUGCCGGGGAACUAUACAAGGAAUUCUGCCGAAAACCCCCGGCCACGUAUCAGGAAGCCUACCAUACUGCAUGGGAGUUCGCCGAGGCUGAGACUCAACUUCGGGCGAAGAAAGAAGCCGAGCAUGGUUACAAGCCUAAGCCGGUGCAAGUCAAGAAGGAAGAAGUGCCGGUACCCAGCCGGCCAAGGCACCACUAUGACCCGGUAGUCCGAGUGGUCAAUUCAGAAGAAUGCCAGGAGGUCAGGAAAGCACCGGUCAAUCCUCCGGACAAUCCUACCGGUCAAUCUGGGCGUCAGUGGUCGGGCACCUAUUGUUCGUACCACAGGUCAGAUUCCCAUAGCACUUCCGAAUGCAAGAGUGUUAAGGGGGUAAUCCGGCAAAUGAUAGACAGCGGAGAACUGGGCAAAGAAUAUUUGCAGAAAGCCCAGGAGAAGAGUCAUCAAUGGGUUAGACCAUCUUUCCCAGAGGAUGACCGGGACAACGACCGGCGGAGGAAUAACCGGCCGAAGGAGCGGCAACCUGCCCCUGAAAAGGAACACAUCGGCAUGAUCUUCGGCGGACCUGAGGGUGGAGACUCAGCCGCGCAACGGAAGAACUGGGUUCGCAGCAUUUACGUUGGUGAGGUGAGUACCGAACCGGCCAGGCGUAAGUAUCCCAGGAGGGAGCCAAUAGUCUUCACUGACCGGGACCUCCCUCCUACCGGUGAGGAUCACAAUGAUCCAUUGGUCAUCACCAUGGACAUCAACGGGGUGAACGUCGCCCGGGUACUUGUUGACACCGGCAGCAGUGUCAACAUCCUAUACCUGGAGACUUUCCAAAAACUCAGGUUGUGUCGGACACAACUUGAACCCCUCAAAACUCCUCUCUCAGGUUUCACGGGAGACACAGUGGAAGCUGAGGGGUCCAUAGUCCUACCGGUCGAACUAGGAUCGGGCGAAAAAACCGUAUGGAAGAAGAUGCGGUUCAUAGUUGUGGACAUCAAAUGCGUCCACAACGCGAUCCUUGGAAGGCCGGGCAUCAAUAAGGUCGGGGCGGUAAUUUCCAUGCCUCACCUGUGCAUGAAGUUCCACACUCCAGAUGGUGUGGGUGAGGUGAAAGGCGACCAGAGGAACGCCCGGGAGUGCUAUGCCCGGGCAGUCAAGAAGAUGACCGAGGGGGUCAAUGUCAUCUCCCAAGAGAUCACAAAGGGAGAGACCCAGGAGAAAUUGGAGCCCGAGGCCGAGACGGUGGAAAUCGAACUUCACCCGGGUGAUUCUUCGAGGAUGGUCAGAAUUGGAGCGAAUCUCCCCGAAGAUCUCAAGGCAGAGAUUACACGGGUGCUCCAAGAGUACACGGGCAUAUUUGCAUGGAGCGUGGCAGAUAUGCCUGGAAUUGACCGCUCAAUCAUCUGUCACCGGUUGGCAGUAAGGGAGGGAAGUCGACCGGUACGCCAGAAGAAGAGGUAUCUGGCCAGCGACCGGCGAGACUUCGUCAAGAAGGAGGUAUCUCUCAAUCACCCGGUUGAUAUGCGCGCCACAUUCGAUAUCAUGGCAAGAUACAACCUCCGGUUGAAUCCCAAGAAGUGCGUCUUCGCGGUUCAUACCGGGAAGUUCUUGGGGUUCAUGGUGACCAAGAGAGGAAUAGAGCCCAACCCAGAAAAAAUUCGGGCUAUCACUGAAAUGCAGGCCCCCACAUCUUUAACAUCCUACUUCCAAGCUCACCCGGUAGAAGUCUUGACUGACCAACCGCUGGGUGCAGUGUUGCGAAAUUCAACAUCCUCCGGGAGGAUGGUGAAGUGGGCGAUGAUGUUAACUCAAUUCAACAUUGAGUACCGGCCGAGAUCAGCAAUCAAAGGGCAAGCCCUUGCGGACUUCCUCGUGGAAAUGACCGGUGUAACUCCAAAUGCACCGGUCGACAAGCCUACCGAGCAGUGGUGGGAGAUGGCAGUAGACGGGGCGUCCGGUCCUAAAGGUUACGGGGGUGGUAUAGUCUUUACUACCCCGGAAGGAUUCAAAAUUUACCAUGCAAUCAUCUUCAACUUCAAGUUGACGAACAAUGAAGCAGAAUACGAAGCUCUUGCUGGAGGGCUCAGACUUGCUCAAGCUCUCAAAAUCAGCCGGGUCAGUAUCAAAUCUGACUCUAGUCUGAUUGUUGGGCAAGUGACCGGUAAUAUGGAGGCUAGAGAAGGACGAAUGGCGCAAUACAAGGACCUGGUGCUCGCCUUGUUGAAAAGCUUUGAGGAAUUCAAAAUUGCCCAAAUCCCCCGGGCAGAAAAUGCAGAUGCAGACCUUCUCUCCAAACUAACGCAGUAUGCCCCCGAGCAUGUUACAAAACUUGCCCGAUUGGAAAUCCUGGACUGUGCCAGCAUCGAGAAACUAGAAGUAGCUGCCAUAACAGGGGAAGCCCAAUCUGACCGGUCAAACUUAGUCGGGGCGGAUGACCACUGGAUGUAUGAUCUGAUGGAAUAUCUGAUGGACGGGACCUUGCCGAAACAAGAUGACCGAGCAAGAAAAGUGAAGCUCAGGGCACCCCGGUUCCAAGUCCUUGACGGAAAGCUGUACAAGAGGGCGUUCGGGGGACCCCUCCUGAGGUGCCUAACCAACCGGGAGGCUGAACGGGUCAUAGCAGAAGUCCAUGAGGGUGUAUGCGCGGCGCAUCAAAUGUCCCGCACUCUUUCCCAGCGCAUCGUCUUGUUGGGGAGGGCUCAUGGGGAAACUCCAUUCUCCCUAACCUAUGGGUGUGAGGCAAGGCUGCCCAUCGAAGCCGAAUUCCCAACGUUUCGGGAAUCAAAUUAUCAACCUCAGCAGAACGAGGAAGAUCACUUGGCCGAACUCAACUUGGUCGAAGAACGGAGAAUGGCUGCGGAAGUUAAAAUGAGCACAUAUCAACAAGUUGUGAAGAAAUACCAUGACAACAAGGUUGGACCACGAUACUUUCAAGUCGGCGAUGAAGUCCUGCGAAGAAGGGAGGCUAGUAGACCGGGAGACGGGGGAAAGCUGGCCAAAAACUGGGAAGGGCCUUACCGGGUGAGAGCUAUCAUUCGCCCGGGAACCUACCGGUUAGAAACCCUAGAUGGUGUACUGGUAGAAAGGACUUGGAAUUCCCAUCAUCUUCGCAAAUUCUACAAGUGAUUGUAAUGCUAGGCAAGGCCUACUUUAUUAUCAAUCAAACCAAUGACAUUCAAAACUCUACAUGGUAGCAGCAGAGUUGAUAGGUCGAACCUAUCCUAGGAGGGCUUCCCGGGUGGAUCGGAUCCACUCGGAUAGGCCAACUGAGACACAGGCCCGGACCUGGCACGCUGGUUACUACACCGGUCUUGCUCAGUAUAAUAGAAAAAAUAUUAAAACCCGGA